CGGAAGCAUUUCCGGCAGUUUGUGGAAAAAGCGGAGAGGCUCCCAGCGGUGGCCCCGGGGCGCAGUCAUGGCGGCGGCCGCUGUUACGGCUGAGAACAGCGAAGAAUCCGCUCCGGAGGCCGAGGCUCUGGUCGCGGCCCGGGAGCGCAGCAGCCGCUUCUUGAGCGGCCUGGAGCUGCUGAAGCAGGGCGCCGAGGCGCGCGUGUUCCGCGGGCGCUUCCAGGGCCGCGCGGCCGUGGUGAAGCACCGCUUCCCCAAGGGCUACCGGCACCCGGCGCUGGAGGCGCGGCUGGGCCGGCGGCGGACGGUGCAGGAGGCCCGGGCGCUGCUGCGCUGCCGCCGAGCAGGGAUAUCUGCCCCAGUUGUCUUUUUUGUGGACUAUGCUUCCAACUGUUUAUAUAUGGAAGAAAUUGAAGGCUCAGUGACUGUUCGGGAUUAUAUUCAAUCCACUAUGGAGGCUGAAAAAACUCCCCAAAGUCUCUUCAGCUUAGCCAAGACAAUUGGGCAGGUGUUGGCUCGAAUGCACGAUGAAGACCUCAUUCAUGGUGAUCUCACCACCUCCAACAUGCUACUGAAACCCCCCCUGCAACAGCUGAACAUCGUACUCAUAGACUUUGGGCUGAGUUUCGUUUCAGCACUUCCAGAAGAUAAGGGAGUAGACCUCUACGUUCUGGAGAAAGCCUUCCUCAGUACCCAUCCCAACACUGAGACUGUGUUUGAAGCCUUUUUGAAGAGCUACUCCACCUCCUCCAAAAAAGCCAGACCAGUGCUAAAAAAAUUAGAUGAAGUGCGCUUGAGAGGAAGAAAGAGGUCCAUGGUUGGGUAGAAGAAUGUGUGUAAAAACCACACAGUUAGGUGUUUUUUUCAAAGUAAAUUUGAAGAAAUGCUAUAGAUAUGAGAUUAGACCUAAAUAAAAGUGUUGAGAUACUUUUAA